CCCCUCGCUUUCACCCCACGCGGAAGCAAGAAUUCGUCGUCAAAUUCCCAGCUUGCGCGUGUUUCUGUGGAUUUCUUCCCGCUUCCCUGCUCCUGCCUCCUAUGGGCCUUUGAUCCGGGGCUUCGUGGAUCUUGGGAAGAGGAGGUGCGGUGGGCGCCUCGGCGGCGAUCUGGCGGGGAGGAUAUGGCCAGCGGGAAGGAGCCGAUCGAGGUCAGGUUUCGUCUCUUCGACGGCACGGAUAUCGGGCCUACGAAGUACGAUCCCUCCACCACGGUCUCCUCGCUCAAGGAGUUCAUCCUCGCUCGGUGGCCGCAAGAUAAGGAUAUAGCUCCAAAAACUGUUAAUGACUUGAAGCUUAUCAAUGGUGGAAGGAUAUUGGAGAAUAACCGGACACUUGCAGAGUCCCGUGUUCCAGUAGGAGAGAUCCCAGGUGGUGUAAUUACAAUGCAUGUGGUAGUGCGGCCUCCACAAGCUGACAAAAACAGUGGUAUUGCCGACAAUUUCAGCCUUUUAUUCAUAUCAUUUUCUUGGCUCCCAUGAGAAAUAACUUGAAUUCUACUUCCAUAUAUUGAAUUGAAGUGUUUGUGAUUAUCAACCCUUGUGCUGGAAACAUACUGCUGCGAUUCUUAUCUUAGUGAACACAUCUAGGCAUGAAUCUCUGUUAUCGAAAUACUACAACCUGAGAUAUUUCGAGUACUUCAUGGGAAUUUAAUUUUUUAUUUUUAGUAUUGCUUCCUAGUACAUUGCAGGUCAAAUACCUGUAUUCGAGUCGAACUAUGAGCUGAGCUGCUUAUAUACGGUAGUCACGUUCUCAUGUGGGUCACUACCACUAACACUAACGAUGCCUAGAGACAAACUUUCAAACACACAAAACACUACACGACCUUCUAAUAAUUUUCAGUGCAGAAAAUCUUGAGGUGCUUAGGUUUCUUAAGAUAUGACUUGCACCUACAUGAGUAUUAAGUUAAUGUGGUGGAAUGUUUGGGUGAUAGGGCGGCGCUACAAGCAUACUAAGUGAUUUCUAUUCAUUGAUUAAUAUGAUGACUGAUGCCAAAAGCUAUUAUGAUUUUCUUAUGACACUUGUGAACAUACUUCUAACAUGUUCACCUGUACUUUCCCAGAGAAGCAGCUUGCCAAUUCCCCCAAGCAGAACAGAUGUGGAUGCACCAUUCUCUGAUAAGGCGUCUGCUUGGUGCUGUACAAUCUGUGUGUACACAUAAGAUUUUGUAUGUGCUUUGCUGUGUUCACACAAGCAUGGAUUCGUUUUGAUAUCCAAUUCUUGAAGCCAUACAAAUUCCAGAAGUAAGAACCCACGGAAUACGAAGAUUUCUGGAUCGUUUUGUUCUAGAGUGUAGGAUUGGAUGCUUCCUGCUGUAUAAAUUGUGUUGUCAAAACUGAAAAAAAAGUCUCUUUCUUUUCUGCUAUAUUGACUUAUUAUCGAUUCUUUCUAGCUCGGUUGCUUUUGAUUCGUGUAACAGAAAUAUUGUACUCAUGUAUAUGUAACUUGCAAAAGGAGUAAUGUAUGGUGUUAUGGU